ACAGGACAGUGCCAGCCAAUUCAGGCCUGGUCCUUUGUGGAUUAAUUCCCACCUCUCCGUAAUAUUUGGAAACUGAUGUCUUAACUCAUUGGUUGUGUUCACAAGUUCUGCUACUGCAAGUCCUUUUCUUUUAAUGGAUUGGUCUUUUGCAAGAAAUAGACAAAAUAUCAGUGUGAAUUACAGCAAAGCCCUCUUCCAUGCUAUUAUGGGUGAAACUCUGGGAGAGUCUCUUAUUGACCCAGAAAGCGAUUCCUUUGCUGAUACACUGUCUGCAAGCACUUCACAAGAAAUUACCAUGGUUGACACCGAGAUGCCAUUUUGGCCCACCAACUUUGGAAUCAGCUCCGUGGAUCUCUCUGUUAUGGAUGACCACUCCCAUUCUUUUGACAUCAAGCCUUUCACCACUGUGGAUUUCUCCAGCAUUUCCACUCCACACUAUGAAGACAUUCCAUUUGCAAGAGCAGACCCAAUGGUUGCUGAUUAUAAGUAUGACCUGAAGCUCCAAGAGUACCAAAGUGCAAUCAAAGUGGAGCCUGCAUCCCCACCUUAUUAUUGUGAAAAGACUCAGCUGUACAAUAAGCCUCAUGAAGAGCCUUCCAAUUCCCUCAUGGCAAUUGAAUGCCGAGUCUGUGGAGAUAAAGCUUCUGGGUUCCACUAUGGAGUUCAUGCUUGUGAAGGAUGCAAGGGUUUCUUCCGGAGGACAAUCAGAUUGAAGCUCAUUUACGAUAGGUGUGACCUUAACUGUCGGAUCCACAAAAAAAGUAGAAAUAAAUGUCAGUACUGUCGGUUUCAGAAAUGCCUCGCUGUGGGGAUGUCUCACAAUGCCAUCAGGUUCGGGCGGAUGCCGCAGGCUGAGAAGGAGAAGCUGUUGGCGGAGAUUUCCAGUGAUAUCGACCAGCUGAACCCAGAGUCGGCUGAUCUCCGGGCCCUGGCAAAGCAUUUGUAUGACUCAUACAUAAAGUCCUUCCCGCUGACCAAAGCAAAGGCGAGGGCAAUCUUGACAGGAAAGACAACAGACAAAUCACCAUUUGUUAUCUAUGACAUGAAUUCCUUAAUGAUGGGAGAAGAUAAAAUCAAGUUCAAACACAUCACCCCCUUGCAGGAGCAGAGCAAAGAGGUGGCCAUUCGCAUCUUUCAGGGAUGUCAGUUCCGCUCAGUGGAAGCUGUUCAGGAGAUCACAGAGUAUGCCAAAAAUAUCCCUGGUUUUGUAAACCUUGACUUAAAUGACCAAGUAACUCUCCUAAAAUAUGGCGUCCAUGAGAUCAUUUACACGAUGCUGGCCUCCUUGAUGAAUAAAGAUGGGGUUCUCAUAUCGGAGGGCCAAGGAUUCAUGACAAGGGAGUUUCUAAAGAGCCUGAGAAAGCCCUUUGGUGACUUUAUGGAACCCAAGUUUGAGUUUGCUGUGAAGUUCAACGCACUGGAAUUAGAUGACAGCGACUUGGCGAUAUUUAUAGCCGUCAUUAUUCUCAGUGGAGACCGCCCAGGUUUGCUGAACGUGAAGCCCAUUGAGGACAUCCAGGACAACCUGCUGCAAGCCUUGGAGCUCCAGCUCAAGAUGAACCACCCCGAGUCCUCCCAGCUCUUUGCCAAGCUGCUCCAGAAAAUGACAGACCUCAGACAGAUUGUAACAGAACAUGUGCAGCUAUUGCAAGUCAUAAAGAAAACAGAGACAGACAUGAGUCUUCACCCGCUCCUACAGGAAAUAUACAAGGACUUGUAUUAGCAGAGAAGUCCGAGUUCACUGACCAUGUGUUCCUUCUUCCGAUUGCACUAUUAUUUUGAGGGGAAAUCUGACACCUAAAAAAUUUACUGUGAAAAAGCAUUUUAAAAAGAAAAGGUUUUAGAAUAAUAGAUCUAUUUUAUGCAUAUUGUUUAUAAAGAUACAUUUACAAUUUACUUUUAAUAUUAAAAAUUACCACAUGAUGAAA